AUGGGCAGCCACCGCGCCGAGCUACGCCUACGAGCGACGGGCGGAUACGGCGCCUUUGCGUGGGCGCACGUCGAGUGGCGGCUUCCUGGGAUCGCCGUGGACGCCCGGAUGCUGCGGCUGCACGCAGCGGCGGGCGGCGACGGGUCUGGCGAGGAGGAGGAGCGCGAGGAGCUGCCGCUCCACGUCACCUCCAUCGACUCAGAGUCGGUCACGCUGCUCUUCGAGCCGCCGGCGCGGCCCGUGCCUCGCUUGCACCUCUAUUACUUGCCGUUUGUGCGAACCGCUUGCGAGACGGGGCCGUCCCGCGCAUGCUCGACGCCAUACAAGCUCUCGAGCGCAGACGACAAGUGCGCCGCCGACUUUGGCGCGAGGGUGGGCGACUCGGUCUGCUGCGGCCAGACGGGCACGCUCGGCGACGCGAGCGCGAAAUGCCCCGCCCGCGCGCCCACCUGCACUGGCUACGUCGCGGGCGCGGCGUGGGGGCAGUGCAUUGCGGACGCGCGCGCGGUGCAGACAGGCGCGCGGGUUUAUUUAACGCUGGCGCGCACCGAGCGGGACUCGUUCUACCCGAUGGAGGUGGCGUCUCUGCGCGCCAGCGGGAGGACGCUGAUGGCUCUGCGCGGCGAGUUCUUCACCUUUCAGAUCGGCGCCUAUGCGCCGCAGACGAGUCUGGCGCUACACCUUCGCGGACGGCGAACCGGCGGCGUGAUUGGCGCCGCUCGUCUGCGGUGCAUCAACCUGCCGAGCGGCUCGGCGGCCGCUCGCGACGGGCUCCACGUCGCCGUCGGAGCGGUGCUGCCGCUGUGGAUCGGGGUCGACGUGCCAAGCGACGCGCCGGCCGACUCGUACCGGGGCACCGUCCUCGUCAGCGCGGCGUGGGCGGAGAGCGGCGCCUCGGAUGAGAGCGUCGCGGUGGAGCUGGCCGUGGGUGAGGACCGCGCUGUCGAGGCCGGCGACGGCGAGCCGUGGCGCCACUCGCGGCUUCGCUGGCUCGACUCGACCGCUGGCGCCGAGGAGGAGGAGGCGCCAGAGCAGCCGCAGCCGGCCGAGGAGUGUGACGCGGGUGAGGACGGGUGCGUGCAGCUGCAGCGACGCGAGGACGCCGUGGUCUUGAUCGCCCCCGGCCAGGGGCAGAUCGCCCUCUCGGCGCACGGGCUGCCCGCCAGCCUCAAGGUUGGCUCUGCCGAGCUGCUCGCCUCGCCAGUCGAGCUGCGGCUGCGGGACGGGAAGCACGACCUCAAGCUCUUGCCGCUCGAGCCACGGCUCGUGGCCGAGCGUGGCCCCGGCGGCAGCGUGAGCUGGAGACUGCUCGCGCGGGCGCACUCUGCCAGCGCGACUGCUCUCCACGUGCGCCUCUCUGGCAGCUUUGCCAACGACGGACUCGCCGAGAUGGCCGCCGAGCUGCACGUGAGCCGGCGUCUCUCCCCGAGCGGCUCCUCGGUCAACCUGAGCGACGUGCGGCUGGAGCUGCCGCUCCUCGAGGCCAUGGUCCCCCUCAUCAACGGGUUCGACGUCAAGGGAGGCUCGCGCCCCGCCGAGGUGCGCUGGCGGUGGGACAAGGCGCAGUCGACCCAGGACCACGCGCAGCGAGGCCUCAACUGCCGCGUCUGGCUCGGCUCGGCGGCCGCAGGGCUGCAGCUCAACCUACAGGGCGGCGGCGAGGCAGCGGCGGCCGUCGCGAGCAGCUGCGGCAACGACGAGGAUGGGCGGCUGCAGUGCGGUGACGUUUCGGACGCGCAGUUCAACGCCGCGUUGGGCUCGAGGGAGUGGUACAACUCGAACCGCGGCGGCGCGACGGUGCUGCCAGACACCACGGGCGACCACCCGCCGGCCGUGCGCCUCUCUGUCCACACGGGCGAGCUGCCGCCGCUUCGGCCCGGAGAGCGGCUCCGCCUCCACUGGCGUCUUCUUCUCACACCAGUGCGCGGUGCGGGAGGACCCGUGCGGGCCGAUUUUGCGACGAGGUACUUCCACAUGCAGCGCCACAUCGACCUGGGCGAGGCGCUCGACACGUCGCCGACGAGGCCGUGGAUCAUCCUGCACCAAGGCAACCCGCUGAUUCCGUACAUCAACUACCCCUUCAUCGACCUGCAGCCGCUGCGCCGGUACGUGCGCGACGCCCACGCCGCCGGCGCGAAGGUCAAGCUCUACUACACCGUCCGCGAGCUCUCCAGCCGCGCCGUCGAGCUGUGGGCGCUGCGAGCCCUGGGCAGUGAGGUUCUCAUCUCCAGCCGCGGCAAGGCGGCUGGCCAUGCUUGGCUGCGCGAGCACCUGAGAGCAAACUACACCGCCGCGUGGCACGAGGUGCUCACCGACGGCGAGGUGGACGCCGCGGUACAGACGCCCGCCUUCACCUCCCGCUGGGACAAUUACUGGAUCGAGGGCAUCCUCUGGCUCGUGCGCAACAUCGGCAUCGACGGCAUCUACCUAGAUGGCGCCCCGUACGAGCGGACCCUCUACCCCUACCUCGACUCGAUCUGGUUUGGCGAGCAGUGCGAGUACCGCACCUUCUCGCCGCCGAUGUGGCUGGCCGAGGGGCUGGUGCACGGCAUGACGUGCCGCAUCUACCCCGACCCGUGGAAGUGCAACCCGCGCCCGCUCUGGGCGGCGCUCGACGCGAUGGGCAUGCUCAGGCCGCGGCUCCUCGGGUGGUGGGACCCCGCCUGCCCCGUCUCCCUGCUGGCCCCCACGGUCGAGUACGGCCACGGAGGAGGCAGAGGCCCCGCCGCGGUCGCGAGCGUCUUUAUCGGCGACGGCGCGGCGGGGUCGCCACCCCGGUUCGCCGUGGCUGUGGCAAACUGGGCCGACCACCCGGUGGAGGUGCGGAUCCGUGCAAACUAUUCGGCGCUAGCCGCGCUCGGGCUGCGCAGCGAGCGGAAGCUGCGGCUGCGCGCGAGGGAGAUUGACGGGUUUCAGAGCGAGGCGCAUUGGGCGCUUGGCGACGCCAUCCGCCUGGAAGAGAAGGGCGGCGGCGUCGACCAGGGCCUGCUGCUCUCAAUCCUGUGA